AAUAGCCAUAAUACUCCUCAACAUACAUACACUGUUCAACUUAGCUCUCUACUGCCGGAUUCUAUUUGCAGCACCUCUACAGGAACAACUAUACUUUGUUCAGCGUAAACUAAUUACCCCCACAUUCAGUAUUGCUUUUCUGAUUGAACAAACUACUUUGACAUACGAUUUACAGAAGGCUCCUUUCCCCAAUAGUUAUUUGAAAUAGCAUAAUCUUCUGCCAUGCACAUAGCAUUCACCCGUGAAUGCUUCAUUUGUUCUGGGGUCACCAACGGCCAAAAGUGCCUAACCACGAGGCAUCGUUGAAAGUGGUGCACAAGCAUGGCCCAUGCUCCCAAGUCCACCAAGACAGUAUUACCACUCAUGAUCACACUCAAAUCCUCCAGCAAGACCAAUCCCGGGUCAAAUCCAUCCACGCCCGCCUUGCCAAGAAAUCGGCCACCACAGCAGCAGCCACCGGCAGGAUACAUCAACAGGAUGCCACCACCAUCCCGGCAAAGUCUGGGGCCGUCGUGGGCUCGGGAAACUAUAUAGUGACGGUGGGCCUAGGGACGCCGAAAAGGGACCUUUCUCUCAUAUUCGACACCGGAAGCGACCUCACUUGGACACAAUGCCAGCCCUGUGCUAAGUCCUGCUACAGCCAAAAGGAGACCAUCUUUGAUCCCUCCAAGUCUUCCUCUUACUCCAACGUCUCUUGCACCUCCGCAGACUGCUCCCAACUCAAAAGCGCCACAGGCAACACACCCAGUUGUUCGUCAGUGACAUCCACGUGCGUAUACGGCAUCCAAUACGGCGACUCGUCGUUCUCGGUCGGUUACUUUGCUAGAGACACCCUAACGCUGUCGUCAUCCGACGUCAUCAGUAACUUCCUCUACGGCUGCGGCCAAAACAACCAAGGCCUCUUCGGCGGGUCAGCCCGGCUAUUGGGCCUGGGCCGCAACAAGAUCUCCCUCGUCGAGCAAACGGCCCAAAAGUACAACCGCCUCUUUUCCUACUGCCUCCCCAGCUCCUCAAGCUCAACGGGCUACCUUUCCUUCGGCACCACAGGCAGCAAGGCCCAAUACCCAAUCAAGUACACGCCUCUCUCCACGCUCUCCGCCAGCGCGUCGUUCUACGCGCUCCAGGUCCUCGGGAUCAGCGUUGGCGGAAAUAAGCUCUCCGUUCCGGCUACUUUGUUCCAGUCGGCGGGGACAAUCAUCGACUCCGGCACUGUAAUCACGCGACUCCCGCCGACGGCGUACUCGGCGCUGAGCGGGGAGUUCAAGAAGCAGAUGAGCAAAUACCCGUCGGCCCCAGCUCUGUCGAUACUGGACACGUGUUUCAAUCUCAGCGCCUACCAGACGGUGACGAUCCCGAAGAUAAGCUUCUACUUCGGCGGCGGGACGGCGGUGGAUCUGGACGCGACGGGGAUACUGUACGCGGCGAGUCUUUCGCAGGUGUGUCUGGCGUUCGCCGGGAACAGCGACGACGGUGACGUGGCGAUAUUCGGGAACGUUCAGCAGAAGACGUUGCAGGUGGUGUAUGAUAUUGGUGGAGGGAGGAUUGGGUUUGGCUCUGGUGGUUGUAGCUAAUUAAAUUACUGAUUAAGGUGAUUAACCCGUCGUAUUUGGUGGGGAAAAGAUGGAAGUGAUUAUAUAUUUAUGUAUGAUUAAUGGGAAAGAAUAAGUUUUCUAUAUUGCCAAACUAAUUAAAGGGAAGUUUGGUUGGUUGGGAGAAUCAAGUGUAUAGAAACAAACCGUUGGUUGGGAGAAUCAUGCAACAGUAAUUUCUGAAUUAUAUGCCUUCUGGAUCAUUAAUAUCAUGCAUUUUUAUUAGUUUCCCGCUGAA